AUGAGUUUUAGCAAGAGCAAAAUCUAUGUUUCUGAGACUAUUCCGAAUCAUUCGCAACAAGAAGAAAUGUUAACAACCAAACCAGAAACAUCUAUCAUGUUAAUGUUAGGUAUUGCGAUUCCUUUAAGUUUGACUAGAAAGAAGAAAGUUGAUUCAUCAACAACAAUAUUAUCACCAUUAACGACAACAACACCAAUGUUAAUUACACCAUCAACAACAAAAAUGAAAGUAACAAGAACAACAAGAAGAAAAACAACAACACUAAAAACAACAAGAACAGGAACAAGAGAAAAACCACCAAAUACAGCAAGACUUGCAAAUCCUGACAAAUGUACAAUUUCAUAA